AUUGUAUAUAAAAAAUAGCCUAUUCUGUACCUCGCAGUGACUCAGUGAAGUAAUAUGUGUUUUUAUUUUAACAUUCUUCAAGAAUUUCUUGUCAAGUGAUGGGCCAGGCGAUGUCUUGUUUACAUGAAAACGAGGACAGCUUACUCCAGAGUAGAAACGCAUCGCUUACACGAUACGUCUGCCAACAAAACAAAAUUGAAAUCCCUUCACGCACAGAAUCUGUUCCCAGGACAUCGGGUGGAUUAAAGAAAAACAGUCCCAAGAACCAUGCGAUGGAAGAAAAGUCCUCACAAAGUAACCUAGUCAAAGCAAUAGAGGAUAAUGAUAUUGAUGCUGUGUUGAAUCUCAUUAAAAACUAUUCUUUAGACAGCUGGGGACAUGUAUCAAGUUAUGUCACCAAUAACUACAAAAUUCACAACCCUGUUGAAUCUGCGUGCAAUUUAGGAUACACCAAAAUUAUACAAGUGUUUUUUGAUAAUGGAUGUAGUGCAAAUUUACCGACAAGCUCUGGUCGUCUAAUUCACACAGUGUUGAAGAACAUUCAAGCUCAUAAAAUCAACUUGGAUGAUGGUCACAAACUCAUCAGCUUCAUGUGUCGCCACAACUGUAAUGUAAAUAUAAAAGAUAUCCACCACAAAACACCUUUGCUAUAUGCAUGUGAAAUUGGAGACAAGAAAAUUUUAGAAAUUCUCAUGUCUGUGUCGGACCCAGAUAUCCUCAAGUGCAAAGAUCUUCCUAAUGGAUUCACACCUCUCCACAUGUCAGUCAUGAAAAGUGAUCUUGAAUGUGUUACAUUCAUUCUCAAAAAUUUGCCACAGAGAAGUUUCAUAAACAUCCAGGACAACAGAGGAAGAACCCCUCUUCAUUUGUCUUUGAUAUCAAUGUGUAAAACUCUCCAGUACAUGAAUGAAAUAGCUUUUCAAUCAUCAAAAUCCAAUGAUGAAACACAGAAAGAACAACUCAAAAAGUUACAACACAUUCAGGAAAACUCAAUAGCAGUUACAGAACUCCUUUUGCUGCAUGGCAGUGAUCCAAACUCCUAUUCAGCAAGAGCUCAACCCACUAUUCAGUCCAUUGGAAAGGACAUGCCACUAUACUUGGCCAUGACAUUAGUCGCUAUGGACCAAACUGCUGACUUUUUAUAUGGGGAUGGGACAAAAACUACAAAUGCUUUACAACCUUUUUUGUUUUCCUCAGUGCCAAACAACAAUCUUAAGCCAUCCUCUUACUCUUCUCUUGUGAGACUUUUGAUUCUUUUCGGUGCUAUUCCAAAAGAAAGCAGAGAAUUGUGGUUAGCUGCCUUCCAGGAAGAGUCCUCAGUUAUUCCUCUCAUUGAGGAAGUUUUUAGUUAUGUUGAAAACAAAGAUCCAUCUCCAAAAAAACUCUUCCAGUUGUGUAAACAAGUCAUUAGACACCAACUGACAAAGUCAUAUAACCUUCAUAAAAUUGAUCAACUCCCAUUACCAACCUCCAUGCAAGCAUAUAUUAGGUUUCAAUUUCUGUAAGUUUAUUUCAUAAUGUUUGCAUGUCUAAUGCAACUUUGUUCCAUGGUUCGAGAGCUCUCCAUUUUUUUUUCUUUCAGAGAAGGCUAUCUUAUUGCAGCUAUAAAUACAGUUGCCUGCAAAACCCCAAACAUGUACCGGUACAUGCAAAAUUUUGUUCAAAUUAAAAGUUACAAAAAGAUAAAAGUUAAAGACAAAUUUAUUUAGUGAGCGAGAUAUUAUGAACUGUAAUAUGUAUAAUUGUUAUGCUGUAUAUUCCCUGAUGUUCACUUAUUUUAUGUAUUGAAUCAAUAGUACAUGCAUGCAUGCACAUGUGUUUACUCCACUGGGUAUUGUUUUUUACUUCUAUGUAUUGAAAACAGACCAGUUCACCUCUGAAGUGUGUGAACAACCUUAAACAAUACAAUGCUUGUCAGUAUUAUUCAAAUAAAUUCAAAAGGCAACUGUUUUUCAUAUUUUUAUUUAUACAUUUUUUGUUCAGUAUAUUUCAUUUUAUACUGAUUUUGUACUAACACACAACACUAUUUGUUUUCCAAUUCCUUUGCAAGAAAUAUUUCACUUAUACAUUUGUGGGUACUUUUUUAGCUUACUGUAAUUGUAUAGACAAAUAAAAUAUUUGUUUUUGGUGGUCAUUUGUUACAUUGAAGCUUUAUUGUUCCAAUUAUCAUUUGUAUUUAUUGAAGUAAAGGAAGUUUUUUCAACAUCCUGAUAUGAAGAUGCUUGUUUAUGUACAGAUGCAGUAUCUGUGUUGUGCAAUAAUGUUUCCCUUGAAUUAAAUUCACAUUUAGAUGUUUGAAAUAAAUAUUUUGCUUCAUGGAA